GGCGGCACUGCUGGAGGUGACCUGCUGCUGAAUCCAAGGGGCUGGUAACCUUAGCCUGCCGGGUACGGAUACGCCGGCCCGUUCCCGGAUCGGGUUCCCACCCAAGUUUUCCACCCGUGGCUCUGCAGCAGGACUAGCCAGAGCCGGGGGCUGCGGUGACGGACGGUGGUGUGGACACGCUACCUGUGGACCAGGCCGGGGGCUUCUCACGGUGCCCCCUCACCCAGGGUCUCGGUGAAAGCCCCACUCCAGGUAGCGGCCACGCCAGUGCCCGCCGCAAUCUGGCCGGAUUUUGUAAUCCUACCUGCGGCUAAUUAAACGAGCUGUGGCCCCCGGUGCCCCCCCGCCGUGCCCAUUUGUGCCAAGCCAUCUCAGCAGGACCAGUGCAGCAGCGGCAUCGGGGCAGCACAGAGAUCAGCCGACUGGUCCCGCUUGCAGCGCCAGGGUUCGGCAGGGCCGGGGAGCCCCUGCCGGCCCCCUGGGGGCCACCCCACGCCUGCAGAAGAUGCCAACGAAUGGGAUCAACCAGGUCCUGAAGAUCCAGUUCGGUCUGAUCAACUGCGAGAGCCGAUACCUGACGGCAGAGAGCUUUGGCUACAAGGUGAACGCCUCGGCGCCAAGCCUCAAACGGAAACAGAUCUGGACACUGGAGCAGGAUGAAGCCGACAGCUCGGUUGUCUUCCUCAAGAGCCACCUGGGCCGGUACCUGGGUGCUGACAAGGAUGGAAAGGUGCGGUGUGAGGCCGAGCAGCCGGGCCGGGAUGAACGUUUCAGCAUCAUCACCCAGUCGGACGGGCGCUGGGCGCUGCAGUCGGCCCUACACCGGCGUUUCUUUGGUGGCCGGGAGGAUCGCCUGUCCUGCUUCGCCCCCAGCGUGACGGAGGGUGAGCUCUGGACCGUGCACUUGGCCAUGCACCCCCAGGCCAACCUGCUGAGUGUCAGCCGCCGCCGCUACGCCCACCUCAGCGCCCACGAGGAUGAAAUCGCUACCGACAGCAACUUGCCAUGGGGGGUGGAUGCCCUCAUCACCCUCUGCUUCCAGGACAAGAAGUACAGCCUGCGCACUGCUGAUGAGCGCUACCUACGCUGCGAUGGCACACUGGUGCCUGAGCCUGGCGCUGGCACCGGCUACACCCUCGAGUUCAAGGCAGGAAAACUGGCUUUUAAGGAUUGUGAUGGAAAAUAUCUGGCACCCACAGGCCCCACUGGCACCCUCAAGUCCGGCCGCAGCUCCAAGCCGGGCAAAGAUGAACUCUUUGACCUGGAGGAGAGUCAUCCCCAGGUGGUUUUCACAGCGGCCAACGGCAGAUAUGUCUCUAUCCGGCAGGGCGUCAAUGUCUCGGCGAACCAGGAUGAGGAGCUGAACCAUGAAACCUUCCAGCUCCAGAUUGACCGUGACACCAACAAGUGCAGCCUCCACACCAACACUGGCAGCUACUGGACCCUCGUGGCCCAUGGGGGCAUCCAGGCUGUGGCCACCGAAGUCGGUGCCAACACCAUGUUUGACAUCGAGUGGCGCGGGCGGCGGGUGGCCCUGCGCGCCAGCAAUGGCCGUUACGUCUGCACCAAGAGGAACGGGCAGCUGGCGGCUGUCAGCGAUACUGUGGGUAAGUGCCAAGGGUGGGCAGUGGCUCCUGGUGUUGGUCCCCCAGGGGAGGAUGAGGAGUUCACUCUGAAGUUGAUCAACCGCCCGAUGCUGGUGCUGCGGGGCGAGCACGGAUUCGUCUGCUACCACCGCGGCUCCAACCUGCUCGACUCCAACCGCUCUGUCUAUGACGUCUUCCACAUCAGCUUCAGCGACGGCGCCUACCAGAUCCAAGGCCAGGGAGGGAAGUUCUGGUACGUGGCGAGCAGUGGGUCGGUAUGCAGCGAUGGGGACCUCUCCGAGGAUUUCUUCUUUGAGUUCCGGGCGCGGGGCCGCGUCGCCAUCAAAGCCAAGAAUGGGAGGUACCUGCGCGGGGACCCCGCCGGCACCCUGCGUGCUGACAGCGAGUCUGUGCUGCGGGCCACGCUCUGGGAGUACUGAUGCCCUCGCCAUGGUGUCCCCCAGCACACCCUGCUCUUGGGCUGGCUGUGGGCACCAGCUCAUUCCCUGGCAAAAGAUGGCAGUGGAGCCAGUGGUGGCACUUCUAUGGCAGCUGUGUCCCCAACUCAUGGCAUUAAAGUCAGUCUGGAUCACA